AUGCUGCUGGCUGCGUGCGAGUCGGACGCGUUUUGCGCGUCUCAGCCUGUGCCAGUAGGUACGAGAGCCGGUCACGUGACUCCAUUGACGUCAAUACUGACCUCUGGCUGCGGCAGCGUGGCGGCACCGGCCUGCCUUCUGGCCGCUUAUCUGAGCCGAAAUACCCUACACGCACACACGAGCGACUUAGCUUCCUCCUCGCGGCCGCCGCGCACUCCGUUACAAUGCUUUAAGUCGAAUAUAGCCUACGCUAUAAGCCUAUGUACAAAGCGUACAAGGCCUUCGUUU